CAAUGCCAUGAUGCCAGGGAGGACUCGGGGCUGUGGCAUGAACAUUGAUGAGGUCAGGUCUCCCUGCCCUCUUGCCUUGGCUUCUUCUGUGUUUUGUUUUUAGUUUUAUUGGUCAAACAUCCAGAACUGAUUAUAUAAAUCUUUCAAAAUAAUGAAAUAUCACAAGAAUAGAAUAUAAUUCAGCUCUAGUUGCACAAAUACUUGAGACGGAAACCAUUUUUACAAAUACUUAUUUUCUUAUAAGAAUACUUCAGAAAACAAGCCUCUAUAUAGCUUACAGCAAAUUUUAUGCAACUUUUUAUCCCCUUCAACCAUCAUUUCAGCUUUCUUAUCACAGCACUCUGACAGGCCAUAAACCAAAUUAUAAUCAGCUGCUGCUGCUUUGUCUAGUCUUUCCUGAUCUGAAAGAAUUCAUGUAUUCAGGCUAGAAGAGGUAAUUAAAACAUUCCUUCCAAAUCUAACUUAUAUCAGGUUAAUCACUGUACUUAGUGAAGAAUCUUUUCAUUUUUCACUUAGGCUAGUCUGGCUAGUGUUCUGCUGUUUCAAGCAAAAGGGAUAGUCUUUAUAUUCCUAAGAGUUUCUAACUGCAAAAACAAAACCUUAGAAGCAACAGUUAAAUACAAAUAUUUAGAAAGCUAAAACAUUUAUUAAUGAUGAGAAACAGAAUACUUUAAAAAUUUAAAUAAAUUUAAAUAUACUUAAAUUUACAUAUACUUAAAAUAAAAUUUUAAUUUAAAAGUUUUAAAUUUAUUUGGCUGCGCUGGGUCUUAGUUGUGACACAGAAGAUCUUCAAUCUUUAGUUCAUAGAUCUUCAGGUCUUUAGUCAUAGCAUGCAAACUCUUAGUUGUGGCAUAUGGAAUCUAGUUCCCUGACCAGGGAUUGAACCCAGGCUCCCUGCAUUGGAAGCAGGAGUCUUAGCCACUGGACCACCAGAGAAGAUUUGAGAACACUCCUAGUUGAAGAAGAAAAUGUAAGGACAUGGCGUGCUCAGACGUGCUUAGUCAAGUCCAAAUCUGCCACCCCAUGGACCGUAGCCCCCCAGGCUCCUCUGUCCGUGGGAUUCUCCAGGCAACAAUACUGGAGUGGGUUGCCAUUUCCUCCUCCAGUGGAUCUUCUCUACCCAAGGAUCAAACACGCAUCUCCUGCGUCUCCUGCAUUGGCAGACACUGAGCCACCUGGGAAUUCCAAAGGAUGUGGCAGUGGUUUUAUAUUGAUAAAAUAUUGAAAAACCGAAAAGGUGAAUCCCUUAUAUCAGUGGCAUAUCAUUUCUAAAGUGCCAGGGCAUACAGACUCUUAAGAGACUGUGUGUAGCUGAACUAUUUGACAUUUUUCUGAUGGUGUAGCUUUUUCUUUUUUGGCUGUGCUGGGUCUAUUGCUGCGUGACCUUUUCUCUAGUUUCGGUCAGUGGGGGUUAUUCCCCAGUUCCAAUGCACAGGCUUCUCACCGUACUCACCUCUCGUUGCAGAGCCAGGACUCUAGGGCACAUGAGCUCAGUAGUUGUGGCUCCAGGGCUUAGCUGCUCCAAGGCAUGUGUGAUCUUCCUGGAUGAGGGAUUGAACCCAUGUCCCCUGCAGGAGGAUUCUUUACCACAGAGCCAUCCAGGAAGCCCUGAUGGUGUCACUUUGAAACAGUCUAAUAAAUACUCCUUUGUCUGGAACAAAUAAUCAUUUAAUUUAGGCCAGGGGAAAACUUACAGAAUACAGACCACAUUUCCCUGAAGAGACAGGACAUCCCCAGGGGAAAUAUCUGGCAUUUAUUCCAUUCUUUCUGUUACUGAAAAAAUGUGUCUGGUUAACAAAAGCUUGUUAUACUUUACACGUAGCUUAAAUUAAAAUCAAGAGCCUGGCAGCAUUCUCCAGUCCAGUUUCUGAGUGGUCAUCUCCAAGUAUCCAAUAUUCUUAAAAGAACUCUUUGAUCAGACCCUUGCCCAGUUAGAGAUUUAACAGUACUCGGAGACUACAAUAUGUCCCCUUUCUCUGCUUUUUUAUUUCUCUUUUCUCACCCUAAUGUAACAUGCUGCUACAGGUUUUUACCAAAAUACCUGUUUGGUAUUGUUUUGAAAGUGGGUUAUUCUGCAUUACCAAAAGCCUUCCAUCACAUUAGAAUGGGUCACUAGCAUCUAACUAGCACAUGGCCACAUCAUGUCUAUGGCAGUGAUUUUUGCCACUCAGUAUAGUUCCUGUAUCUGUCAUGUUCUUGUCUCUCAAAACACCAUCUAUUAAGUUGAUCAGCUCAUCUUCACUCAUUGGUGCCUGUUCACUCCGUUCCUCCUCCAAGGUUGGAUCACAGCCCUCAGCAGUCAAAGCCAGAUCAGGCUGCUUCCUGGUUGACUCAGCCACCAAGCUUCCUCAGAUUUAAUAUCAACCCCUGAUCUUUGAGGCUUUCCAGGUGAUGCAGUGGUAAAGAAUCCAUCUGCCAAUGCAGGAGACAGAAGAGACAUGGGUUGGAUCCCUGGGUCAAGAAGAUGCCCUGGAGUAGGAAACGCAACCCACUCCUGGAGAAUUCCAUGGACAGAGGAGCCUGGCGGGCUACAGUCCACAGGGUGGCAAAGAGUCGGACACCACUGAGCAACCGAGCACACAUAUAUGCACCUGACCUUUCCACCAAGAAUGCCCUUCCAAAACACUUCCACAACCUCAGCCGGAAACUUUGGCAAAAAACUGUCCCUGUGGUACAGAGGCUUGCCAGGGCAAGAUCUGCCCAGGGCACUCGGCGCCCACAUGGGAGCUCAUACCUCCUGUUUGCAAAACUUCACCCUUCCUCUGACUAACAGCUUAAAGAAGGGGCUUUCUAAGCCAGGGGCCCUCUUCUCUGCCUUGACCUAGAGUAGGUUGAGGAGAGCAGGCCAGGGACCCACAGGAGGGCUCAGCCUUGAGAUUGUGCUGCAGACAUAACAAAGGGGUGGGGACCUCGGAGGGCAGGGGCGGAGCGAAGCAGGUGAUAUCCAUCCUCGGAGACUAGAGCCCAGCCUUGCCGGGAUCUCUCCCUGCGCACAUCCCCAUGGACCGCACCGUGGUACUCAUCACCGGCUGUUCCUCCGGCAUUGGCCUACAUCUGGCCCUGCGACUGGCGUCCGACCCGUCCCAGAGCUUCAAAGUGUACGCCACGAUGAGGGACCUGGCGUCACAGGGCCCACUGCUGGAGGCCGCCCAGUCCCGAGGGUGCCCUCCCGGCUCCCUGGAGACGUUGCAGCUGGACGUGAGGGAUGCAGAUUCCAUAGCCGCUGCCCAAGCACGCGUGACGGAGGGCCGCGUGGACGUGCUGGUGUGUAACGCAGGUCGGGGCCUGGUGGGGCCGCUGGAGGCCCACAAGGAGGGCAGCGUGGACGCCGUGCUGGACGUGAACCUAAUGGGGACCGUGCGGAUGCUGCAGGCCUUUCUGCUGGACAUGAAGCGCCGCCGGUCGGGACGCAUAUUGGUGACGGGGAGCGUCGGCGGCCUGAUGGCGCUUCCCUUCAACGCCGUUUACUGCGCCAGCAAGUUCGCGCUCGAGGGUUUGUGCGAGAGUCUGGCGAUUCUGCUGCAGCCCUUCGGGGUCCACGUGAGCCUCAUCGAAUGCGGCCCAGUGCACACCCCCUUCCCCGAGAAGCUGGAGGGCGGCCUGGGCGGGAUGCUGGACCGCGCGGACGCCGAGACCCGCGACCUCUUCUACCGCUACCGUCGCCACUGCGAGCGGGUCAUACGUGAGGCGGGUCAGGACCCGGAGGAGGUGGUAGAGGUGAGCGCCGAGCGGGACUGCGGGAGCGGGGCGGCCCCCGGGCUCCCCAGCCCAGCCCGGGCCAGCUCGCCUCCUCCCGCCGCUGCAGGUCUUCCUCCAGGCGCUGCGCGCCCCGCGCCCGGCCCUGCGCUACUUCACUACCGAACGGUUCCUGCCGCUGGUGCAGCUGCGCGUCUCCGACCCCAGCGGCUCCAGCUACGUCGCCGCCGCGCACCAGUCAGCGUUCCACGACAAGGCGGCCGAGGGCUCCGACGGCGCCGGGGCGGAGGCCGAAGCUGGUAAACUGGGGGCAUCUGAGCUCCGCGCUCCUCUCGCCCCUCAAUAAAAGGCCUAAUCCGC